UGCGCAGGCGAACACCUUACUGUAUUGACUAGUGUUUUGUGUGUGCAUACAGAAACCAAAAUGCUGAAAAUCGGAACUUUUUUGACUUUCGCUGUGGCUUUAAGCAGCGCAGUCCCAACGAACAUCUUGGAACUGGACUUGACGCCUGAAGAGGCCCAGAAGUAUCUCAACAGUCCACCCUUCACAGAGCCCAAGCUCGCUGGACGUACUGCUGUUCUACCUUUGAUCAAAUACAAUGACGCAAGGUUUCGUUCAGCCGAGGCAGGACCAACACUAGGGCAUUACUGGAAGAACGGACAUGAAAUUGAGAAUCCUGAUGACUAUGUUGAGGAGGUAUACGACGCAUCUCAAUUCCAUGGCCAAGACGGUUUAGGCGCAUACGCAUAUGGCUACGAGACCCCUGAAUCAUCGAAAGUAGAGAACAAAGUAAGAUCCGGUGACGUCUCCGGAUCAUACACAUACCGCGCAGGCAACACCAACGAUUUGAUCAAGGUCCGCUACUGGGCUGACAGCCAAGGCUUCCACCAAGAAGACAACAUUCCCAAAGUGGUCUUGCAACCAGUGCAGGAAGCUGAAGAUGUACGUCAAGCUCGUCUUGCCCACGAGAAGGCUUGGCAAGAAGCCGCAGCUGCCGCGAGGGUGCAACCCGACCCUCAGUAUGUCCACAGACUGUUACGAGGUGAAUACAACCCCCAAAUCGACUACCAACCAGCCGCGUCAGAGCAGCAAGGAGCGUAUGCUGCACCUAGCCAGGUAACCCAGGCCCGUGAAGGCAAGGCGUACUAUGGAUCGCAGGGCUCAUACCAGCCUGGUCAGGCCUACCCUACUCCUCUUCCUGAAAGGCUCGAAGAACCGGAACCUACCGGUCCACCCCGUGGCUUCUUCUACGCCUUCAACUACCCAACAUCAAUCCUCGUUGCAAAGAAGGAUCAAGCAGGUGCCCCAAUCAACCCAGGAUACCCAAUUGAUCAAGACUCAGUGUCUAUCCAAGCUAAACAUUAUUAGAUUUAAAUAUUAAAUUAUAUUUUAUUGUUUCAUACUAGCUGGCUUCAUUUUGAAGCAUAAAAAUAUAUGUUAUUCCGUCCGUUAAAUAUAGAUGUAUUUUUUAGGUAUACCAUAAGUACUUUUAAACUGGAAGUAAAUAACUUGCCAGCUAUUUAUUGACACUCGUAUGAUGUUCGAUAAAUAUGACAAUGUUGCCAUUUUAGUGAAGUAGGUUAAGUUAGGGCCAGUUUCAUAAUGUAGGCCAUAGAAAGUCUAUAUUUUAUAGUAUAUUUGUUUUGGCUUGGUUCGAAAGUAUAACGCGUAUUUUUUUAUAUGUCUGUUAAACUCUUGAACCCUGUCUUAGUUACCACGUGCCACUGUAUCGAUAUUAAUAAAGUUAUAUGCAAUAAA